UCCUAUUUACACAAUACACUUGUACACUAAUUACCUUUAAUACCCAUAUAACCUUAAGGGAGCCAUCUCUUUACAACUCGAAUGAGCAAUGCAAAGCCACCGAAGAGCAAGUUAGAUUUUGUUGUUUUGGAGCUAAACGGGUCAGAUUUUUUCGAGAAAACUGCGGAAAAAUGACAGGGGGUGAAAAUUGUGACGCAGUUGUGUAAAAAUUUAGUGCUUACAAACACGUCGAAUGUGAUCUGACGCAUUACUGUACGUCCCUCUGAAAGAUUAAUUGAAUAUCGUAUCGAAAUAAUGUUUUUGAUUAAAGAUACAAAAUCUUUUUUUGCAGCAUUUGGGUCGCAUUCAUCAGUUGGGGAGAGUACCGAUUGAAAUUAUGAUUUGGGGAAUUCUGGGAAAUGUGGUUUAUUCAGCCGAACCAUUUCAUUGGCAAACGCAGGCGUUGUUUGUCGUUAGACUACAUUCCCCAGAAGUCCACAGACUCUCCAGAUACUUUGUAAAGUCGUUGCAAGUUAUGUGUAUACACACUCUGUGUUAACUGUGUAGCAGAAAAUAUUAUUUUCUUCUUUAUUUUAAACUCCAGUCAAUAUACAGCUGUGAAUGCUUGAAACAUUUUGUUGUGAAUUCGACUAAUACUGUUUAUUACAUGUUUGGGGUGUUUCAUAUCUACUGGCAUUCCUGACAACUGCGUCACAGGUUCACAAAUAGUCUAAGUUUAUGUCGAGUUUGCUUUAAUAAUGCAAUAGAUCAGAUACCGGACAUUAUUUAAAUGGCAUAUCUUCCAUUAUAUCUGAAUUUAAUGUUGUUUCGUAGGCUUGUCUGCUCGCACACCGCUCAUAUGAAAAGGCCUGCACGAUACAUUUUUUAUAUAUAUAUAUAUAUGUACACGAAUAACGAGAACGUGGAAGUUUAUGCAAAAUGAAUCAUAUGCUUCCGUCAUUUUCUUGGCGCUACGUCGUCUUUAGUUUCCUUACAAAUUAAUAAUACUUAGUUUUCAUGCGCCCAAAACACGUUUACGUUUUAUAGUCCGCAUAUUGUAUUUAUUUAGGUAUUAGUGGGCUACAUAUUCUGGGUACCAAAAUACCAAAUAUUAAAACCAAAGAAAGGUUACAGCAAAUAUAACCAACAUAACAAGCAUUUACAGUGUACACAUUGGUGUUGAUACACUACGUUGUUAUUUUCACUAUGAUAAAUGAUAAUAAGAGAUCCAUAAACUUUCAAAUUGGGCUUCUUUAUACUUUAGAAUACAUACGUCUUUUCCAUUGCACUUAAUGAGGAGAAUUCUUAGUUACUGAUAGUGGGCCUUUCAAAAGAUUGACCUUUAAAAAUGCACAUCUGUUCAUAUCUGAAUAUCUUGUUUUAAUAUUUAGGCAAUAUUAUCUUGAAGAAUAACCUGAAUGAAAAAUUGUGAAUUCAAGGGUUAAGGGAUAAAUUUAAAAAGACCAAUAGUGAUAUCACAUGACUUUCAUGACUGACUUUCUGAUUUUUAUUUUUUUAUUUAUUUUUUUACUUUCUGAAUUUCAUCAUAUCACAUGCAGUGAAUCAAUGCACCUUUUAAAUGUUAGGUUACAUUUAAUACGAGUAUCAUUCUGGAAUAUCGCUGUGGAUUUUAUUUUGAUUAACUCGAGUUACUUGAGGCAGUUUCAAUCGACUAUUAACAAUCUGUAUUUGGGUCUGUGCGUAUUUAUUCUUAAUUAUCUAUGUCAAAUCCCAAGUCUUGUUUCCAAAUUUAUUCGAGAUAUCUAAUAUUCUUUAGGACCUGAUGCUAGAGAAAUAUGACCUCCACAUUGACAUUUACUUUCUUAAUGAUGAAACCACACUUUAUAGUAUAAAGCAGUGGUUCCUAAACGUUUUAGAGUGGCGUACCCCCUGAGGAAUUUAACAGCUUUUUGCGUAACCCCUCUCUUCCACUUAGACUGCAGUCACACAUUUUCCAUUAAUGGACAAUAUUUUGCUCCCUUAAAUUGAUUUUCUAGUGCAUUUUUACCUUUAUAAAUACCUUUUAUAAUGUUUGAAAUAAAAAAAAUGUUCAAUAGAGAAAUAUGCAAUGAUGGUAAAAUACUUAAAUUAAAUAUUUAAAUAUUAAACCAAAACCACCAGUAGGUGGCAGUAAGUCUAUCGCUGCGUCCGAAAUCGACUACUUCCCUACUAUACAGCAUGCGAAAAACAGUACGCCAACAGAGUAGUAUGUCCGAAAACAUAAGCUGUGUUUCAUUUUGGAGGCUGCAUCCUCUGGAGGUUGCAUUUGUCAGCCUCAUACCUCAUCGUGGCGGUCUCAUUGAAGAAAAGUAACCGUUAGAUUGCAAGAAGAAAUUACAGUAUCUUACACCUCACAAGGAAUAACAGUCAAUUUUAUUACAGUUACUUUUCUUAAAUAAGACAUCCUUGAUGACGUAUGCAGCCUACAAAUAUGACCUCUGGAGGACGCAGCCUCCAAAAUGAGUAGCAGCUAUAGUAUUCGAAAAACAGUAAGCGAAAAGUCCCCGGAUGACCUACUACUUCUGCCGAGAUUCCGAAGUGCGCAUUCGAUGGACACUUUACUAUCCCAUGAGGCCACGGGAGGGGAUUUAUCAAUGGAGGUGAAGCGACGCAACUGACGCUGAUUUCCAGCUGAACUCUCAUUUGUCCACACUGGCCAGUAUCCACAAGAUCUACCACACCCUGCACAGGCUGAACUCUCCUCCCCGAUGUCUUUGAGAAAGCUGCACCAGCAGCAUCUGUAGAGGUUACAGGAAAAUAAGAUGAUCAGCCAUCUACAUCACACACAUGCUUACUGUCUUCUUUUUGAACCUGACAGAAGACGUCGGCCCAGAGACUCACGGCACAGCCUGCUGCUCCAGAGCCAUGCCCCCCAGGAAAAAGAGGAGACCCACUGCUGGAGACGACCUGUCUGCUAAGAAGAGCCGGCAGGAUAAUGUUUACAGAAAACAGGAGACCUUGCAAAUCCAGGAAGCUGAAGCUUUUUCUAGCAAGAGAUGUCUAGAGUGGUUUUAUGAAUAUGCAGGGUGUGAUGAUGUGGUUGGACCAGAAGGGAUGGAGAAAUUCUGUGAAGACAUUGGAGUGGAGCCAGAGAAUGUGGUGAUGCUGGUAUUGGCCUGGAAGCUUGAUGCCCAGAGUAUGGGUUACUUCACUUUACAGGAGUGGCUCAAGGGAAUGGGCUCAUUGCAGUGUGACUCUACUGAAAAACUCAGGAACUCUCUAGACUACCUGAGGUCUGUCCUCAACGAUGCCACCAGUUUCAAGCUCAUUUACCGAUAUGCCUUCGACUUUGCCAGGGAGAAGGAUCAGAGGAGUUUAGACUUGAAUACUGCCAAGUGUAUGCUGGGACUUCUGCUUGGGAAGACCUGGCCAUUGUUUCCAGUGUUUAACCAGUUUCUAGAACAAUCUAAGUAUAAGGUUAUAAAUAAAGAUCAAUGGUGCAAUGUUCUAGAAUUCAGUAGGACUAUCAACCUUGAUCUCAGUAACUAUGAUGAGGACGGGGCCUGGCCAGUGCUGUUGGAUGAGUUUGUGGAAUGGUAUAAAGAUCGAGAGAUGUCGUAGCGACAGCUUCCCAACGCCUACCACCAUCACCAACUAGAAACUAAUCGCCAACAAUCACCAUGACAAUGACGACAGAAACGGCUUUGAAACAAACAUCUAGAAAACAAAGUACAAAUCAAAACUGAAGAGUUUGGGACAAGACUGAUGGUGGCCCCUGGCAGUGAGGGCUUGAGUGUGUGAGUGUUUGCAUAGAAUGUAAUUAUCAAUGCACAUGUUUGUAUGUCGCCCUUUUAGCCGGGGCCAUAGGAGGGUCACUGGUGGUUGUGUGUUGGAGAAACAGCACCUCACCGACUCCACCUAAUGCCCCCCAAUAGCCCACAAUGCAUUGUGGGUAAGCACACGGCCAGCCUCGGAGCCGCCUUCCCACCCCACUGUGAUGUUUCAUAUUGUUGUGAAUGUGAAUGAAUAGGCUCUUAUACGGAGAAUGAAUUCAGAUUCUCCACAAGGCAGGGUAGGUAUAAACUCCCAUACUGUCUGAAGAUUUAAGACAUUUAGGUAAUUUAGGCCUCGAAGGACAGAGAAAGGAAGAACAACACCUGCUUGACUUUUUACCGAAGAUCAGUGACUUUUUGGUUCAAAAUGGAAAUAGCUUACAGUGUCACUCUGCUGAUGUGGUCCAAACACUGUUUACUACAGUUUUUAUGUUGGAGGAGAAUGACAUUCAGAGCAUGUUACCAUAGUUACAUAGCAACCCAUGCCAUAAGUUUUAUUUUUACCAGUCUCACUGCACUUGGUUGCCAUUUAAUAAAGCACACCACAAGCAAGAGUGUCAGAGACAUUCUGCUGUAAGUACUUCCUGUGGUAUAAAUAUACCUUUCACCACUUAUAAUUUUGAAAUUGAUUAUAAGAUCAAUGAGAAUAGCUUUACUGUUUGCAACAUGAAGCACAGAGGCUAUACCUAUCAUGGACAUAGAGCCCAGUAUCUUUUUCCUGACUCAUAUGUCCAUUGUGUAUAGACACUGGCAGUGGCAGAUAUGGCCAUCUUGUAGAGGAGUGUGAGCAGGUUUAAAGUGACUGCAGAAUGCAUUAAUUAUAUCAUUUGAUUCCUUUACAAUGUAACUAUACUGUGCAUGUAAUUAAAAUGACAAGACAUAAAUCUAAGUGAUGGAAAAGAGACAGGAUGUAAGAAAGCUGUUAAAGUGCACUUUUGAUUUCUGUGAUGAAUUGCCACAAAAAUAUAAAAACAGGUAUUCUGCCCUAAACACUGACUCUCCUUUGGCCACAUCCUCGUCCACAGAUCUUGUGGUCAAAUAUGAUCACCUUAACCCAUAGUGACCAAUGCCUAGCAAAUAUUUAACGUUCUAGUUAUGUUUGUAAAACUGUCGAGUUUUGUCUAUGGCUGUGGCGUGAAGCUAACUUGUCAUUUGAACAAGAAAAAAAAAGCAUGCAUGCAUUCUGCAGUUAGAGCCGUCUUUGUGAAUGAAUGAGGUUUUUCCUUUUUGUACAUUUUUUUUUUUCGCACUUUUUUUUUUUUUUUUUUUUUUUUGUACAGCUAUUUGUAGAAGUGGACUUUUUGUGCUUAAUUUGGGUAUCCGCGGUCAUGCAGUCUUAACGCUUUAUGAAAAACAUGAUUGUGUGAUGGUAUUUAGAGCUUAAACACACUUGUAACCUCAUCUGUUGAGAUGUUCUUCUCUGCAUUGCCUCCUCCACCAUCUCCACCAAGUGCUAAACAACCAUGUUCAUGAGUGACUGCAGCAUUUCAGUAUAUCUGCAAUGUCAUGAAAACAUACUAAUUUUGUUAUAUGUUAAGGAAUUAGAGUACAGAGACAAAAAAUCAUUAUCAACUUUAUUAAAUCAUAUUUUGGGUAACAAAAGUUUUUUUUUUCCCCCUCUGAAAGAUGAACAUUGCUAACCAUAAAUUAUUUAUCAAGUAUUCACUCAGCAAAUAAAAAGCCAACAGUCUAUGUAUGCUGUGCAUGCUGGCCAGAAUCCAUUUGGAAAAUGUCUACAGACACUUGUCAUAAUCCCAUUAAUCUCCACCUGUUUGUGCCUGAGGGAAAUUGUGGUUUAAAAUUCCCUGUGCUCCAAGUUCCCCUGUAUCAUUAUGACUGUUGCUUUUGUGGGGGGAGUAUGUAAUGCAGAGGGUUGAGCAUUCUCAUCUGACUGUAUAUAUGUAUGGAUGUGUGUAUAUGUGUUUGUUUUCACUGUAACCUCUACAUUCAAUAUAUAUAAAGGGGUUUAUUAACUAAA